UAAGAUUUAAACAAAAGCUGUCAAAAGGCUCUGCCUCACAAAAAAUGAGAAAUUGUACGUAAAAUAUAAACACAAACAAGCAGACAACUGAUCAGUCAGAUAAUUCGGACAACCACAAUCGUGCACAGUUCAAAGUUUUCUCUUGUUUUUGUUCUCGUCAGGAAGUCGCCCUUCACAAAAUGGGGCAACGUACUCAAGUAAUAAAUCUGUAUAAAACGUUAGUUUACCUCGGUCGAGAAUACCCAUUGGGCUGGGACUACUUCAGGCCGCGUCUUAAAACUGCUUUCAUGAGGAAUAAAGAUGUUACUGAUCCUGAGAAGAUAGAACAGCUUAUAAGUCGUGGAAACUACGUUGUAAAAGAAAUUGAGGCAUUGUACAUGCUAAGGAAGUACAGGACUCUGAAGAAAAGGUACUACUCUGACGAAAAUGAGAAUAUGAUAUCUGAAAUUUAUCGGAGGAUUGAGUCUGAAUCUUAAUUGUGCCUGAACAAAGUAUAUAUUUUAAAAUAUGUUUUGAAUUAUAUGUAACAUGACUUUC